AAAUGAACCGAAAGUUGAAAGUGCAUUUUGAACUCUGGUAUGAAUGUUGAAAUAUAUAUUUAUUUGUUCAUUUGGACUAUAUCUGUUAUCUAUUCUGUGUAUAGUUUCUCAUCUAUCACUUACUCAUAUUUUAUAUUCUAUAAAGAUGAAUUCAAUGAUUUUACUGAAGAUUUACAAUAUUUCUCAAAAAGAGAUAGAUCCGAUGUGGAAUGGGAGUCUAUCAUGUUCUUAGUAACACAAUAUUUUCCCUGGGUGUUAAUUUAUUUAGUAGUAUCUCAAAUACUCAAAUACUAUUCUGCUGGGAAAACAGUACUACAAAUAUGGCAAAUUACCUUUACUGUAAGCUACAUUCUCCUUAAGUGGAAUUACAUUUACUUGGCAGUUUUUUUUAUUCAACCCAUGUUAUUUUCUGUUGUUACUCAACUCAAAUUAGGAGUCAUACCAGUAUGGUUUAUUUCAGGAUGUGUUCUAACCAUUUUAAAUUACUUCAAAUCCAUAAUUAAUGAGCCAGAAUUCUAUAAAGAAUAUAAUCUUAAAGAUUUUGAAAUUUAUUUGCUCAUAGCUAGCUUGUUUUGGCUUAAUUUAAAAUGUUCGAGUUUUUGUUUAGAAGCUGGGCAUUCAUCCAAAACAUUUAUUGAUAUAUUUGCAUAUUGCUUUUAUCCACCAACAGUAUUAACAGGACCUUUUAUUUUAUAUAAAAAUUUCCAAGAGAAUUAUAAUAGUUCAAUAUUGAAUUUAACAAAGUGCAAAAAGUUUUUUAGAAACAUUUUUAGGACUAUGUUAUGGUAUCUGUGUACCUAUAUUUGUCUGCAUUUUAUUUACGUUAGUGCUGCAGCUUACCAUAAACAAUUAUUUGAAAACUUUAACGGUUGGUCCUUGUACGGUUUUGGUUAUACCAUGGGCCAGUUUUUUCAUUUGAAAUACGUGAUCAUGUAUGGCAUGAGCACAAACUGUGCAGCUUUUGAAAAUAUUGAUGUUCCAAAUUUGCCAAGAUGCAUUGGAAGAAUACAUUUAUAUUCGGAUAUGUGGAAGUAUUUUGAUGUUGGUUUAUAUACAUUUUUACUAAGUCAUAUUUAUAUUCCUCUGGUCCGAAUUACACCAAAUAAACCAAUUAGAAGCUUUGUGUGCUUUUUAUUUGUGUAUAUUUGGCAUGGAUUAGAAGUCAACAUACUUAUCUGGACGAUUUUAAACUAUUCUGGUAUAAUUUUUGAAAAAAUUUAUUGGCCUAAAGGAGAAAAAGCUUUCGAUAAAAUCUGUACAUAUAACAGGUGGAAGAGGAGAACGGAUUGUUUGAUUGCAGCUUUUUUGUUGGCGAUUUCGGCGAUUUCUAAUUUCUAUUUCUUCGCUGGAGUGGAUGUAGGAAAUGAAUUUUUUAAACGACUUUUUUCAGAUUGCUAUGGAAAUUUUAUUCUAAUAAUAAUCCUUUAUUGCUGUUGUCAGGUAUCUACAGAAUUGAAGUCAAUCCAAGAUUCAAAAAUGUAAUUAAACACAUUUUUUAUAAUCACUAUGUAUUAAUUUUUAAUAAACAUAAUAUAACAUUGAUAAGAACAGUGUUUUAUUUUAAUUGUUGUUUCGUAUACAUAUAUAAAUCUAUUUCAGCCUACUAACUAAUGAACUUUUCACCAUUAUAGCAUUUUUCUGCUGCCGAAGUUCUAAUCUUUUCAAAGCUUCUUGACGUUUUUUUUCUAUAAUCUCUUGUUGCUUUUUAUUUUCGAUUUUUGCCAAUGCCAUAAGUCUUUUCUCUUCAAUCUGUUGCAGCGAACAUUUUG